UGCGUUCCGCCCAUCAUUAGCACGGCAAAGGAGUGCCAUUUUUUUUUUAUUUGAAAGGGAAAAGAGGAUAAACAUUGUUUGCUUUGGUUAGGUUUGGUGUUGUAGUUGUUACCGUUAACGAACACCGUACAUGGCACAGUUUAAGCGGUUUCUUGUGCUGUGUUCUAGUAAGAACGUAUUACAUUUUCCUCAAAAUCGGAAUAUGAAGUCGUCUACUUUUCGGGCAGAAAAAAUACUGGAAGAGUUGAAAAAUAAUCCAUACUACGAGAAAUACUCAAAGAAGAUAUCAGCAUUUCAGAAGUUUGUUGCAUAUUAGCUUAAGGUCUUAAUGGGAAUGCAUGUCACGGCGCACAUCUCCAGAAGAAUUUAAGAUUAGGAUGAAAGAACAUCAUGAGAAGAAAUCCACAAAAAAGGGAAUAUCUGGUGAGGAAAGAAGGUUUUCAUCUUUAUCAAAUCCUAAAGAAGACAUCACAAAACUUCCAUCUUCCACAUUUACAAAGCAAAAGACACUGAAUGAUGUGAUGAAAAUGGAACUAAUUGAAGACAAGAAUUGUGGAGAAAUAAAACAGAUCUGGGAGGAAUAUCAUAAGCAAAAGGAAGUCAUUGCAGCAGCAAUACCUAGCAUUAUAUAUGAUACUAUACAUUCAAGAAGUCAGCAGUUUCCGGUGUUUGUAUUUCCCCUUCCACGAGACAAGGGAUAUGAAUACUUCUUAUGUCAGUUUUCUGGUCAUGAAGCUCAUUUUACACCUCUUAUUAAUUAUCAGGCUCAUAAGGAAAAUGCCCCAGAAUGUUUAACUAUGACGCAUUAUAUUGACUUGAAAGAGAAAGGAUUAGUGCUGAUGCAUGGGGAGUACAACAAGGAUGUUCUUAAUGGAACAGAAGCCCAGUGUUUAGCUAAUCAACUGCAGCUCUACUAUGGACAAGGUAAUGCUAAGAGACUGAAGCUUUUAGAACGAUUCACCUAUACACCACAGGAAUUUAAGCAUAUGGAUCUCAUAGCUGAACUUGAAUGUCUGUCUUUGUAAAUAAUGCCCAAAUGGUUUUUUCAUGUCUUUUGUUUGAUGGAUGAAGGGUAGUUUUCAAACAGUACAGUACUGCUAAAUAAUUGUUUACAUUUACCUCAAUACUUAACUAUUAUGAGAUUGAAAUAGCUAUUUCUGCCAACAGUUAAAGUUUCAAAAGUUUUAAGAGUUACUAGUUAAUCUGCAAAUAAAGAAUGAAUCAUUGAUUUUGGAGUCACAACCAUAUGAUCUGCUGCAAGAACUCCAUAGGCAUGACUUCUUAAUAUGUGCUAAUUUCCUUAAUACUGGCAUAUAUCAUCUAUACUCUGAAUAAGAAUGUUGAAGAAGGCUGAAAUAGUAACCUUCAGCUCUUGAUACUUCUAAUGUAAUACCCCUUUUCCUUGUCAGUUAUGUGUUCACUGUGUAAGUACUGUAUAAUGUUCGUUUUAACUUCCUCCUUUUUAAAUCUAGAAAAUUUGGAAAGUUUUUCCCAUAGUAUGAAGGUGAUGCUAUUGAAUCUGAGAGACUGGUAUAGGUUUAACCCUUACACUGCUGUGGUCGACAUAUGUCGGUCUCUGAAAAACAUGGUGUCCUUG